GGAAGAUGUUCAUCGUCAAUUAACUAGUUCUGUUGAGGGAAAACAUUUUUUGCUCAUUCUAGACGAUGUUUGGAAUGAAGAUCCUAUGCAGUGGGAUCCAUUGAGGUUUUCUCUCAAACAUGGUUCUAAAAAAAGUAGAAUCAUUGUCACAACACGCAACGAGAGGGUUGCCAACAUGAUGGGUAUGACAUAUGUCCAUAGAUUAAGAAUAAUGUCUGAGCAAGCUUGUUGGUCAUUGUUGACACAUUAUGCCUUUGUUGGAAGGGAAGAAGAAGAGUGUGAGAAAUUGAAAGAAAUUGGUAUGGAACUGGCAAAGAAGUGUAAGGGAUUGCCUCUUUCGGCAAAGACUUUAGGUAGUCUUUUGCGCUUCAAAGAGUCAAAACAGGAUUGGCAAUAUGUGUUAAAAAGUGAUUUAUGGAAGGUUGUAUAAUCUGUUGAUAAACCAGUCUUACCGGCUCUAUUACUAAGCUAUAAUGAUUUGCCCUCUCAUUUAAAACAAUGCUUUACAUAUUGUUCUCUCAUCCCAAGAGGUUAUUAUAUUAACAGAUUACCUACAAUUGGAAUGUGGAUGGCACAAAGCUUUCUUAACGACAGCUUGGAGGCAACCAGUGAAGAUUUGAUGAGAGUAGGUGAUGAGUACUUCAAUAAUUUGGUCAUGCGCUCAUUUUUUCAAAAAGACAUCAUAAAAUCUAGAGGAAUCAGAAGUGAAAACUUUACCAAAUGCAUGAUGUUGUCUAUGAUUUUGCAAAAUCCCUUGUAGAGAAUGAAUGCUUUAAUUUGACAGUUAAAGAUACUAAUGCUCAGGAAUUUAAUAUUAGAAAAGCCCGUCAUUUAUGUCUAUCAAUAGAAGAGAUACAAACAGUUCCUUCUUUCAUUUACAAGGCAAAGAAACUGCGCACUCUUAAAAUCUAUGGACAUAUUCCUUCAGUUUCUUCUGAGUUAUUUAAUCAUUUUACAUGUUUGAGGACACUAAAAUUAGGUGGUACUUACCUUGAAGAGCUUCCAAAUGAGAUAGAAAAGUUGAUACAUCUAAGGUACCUUCACUUGUGCGCUGCAAGGUUUAGAGAACUACCUGAAACUAUGACUAGUCUGUACAAUUUGCGAACUUUAGACCUUGGUGGAUGCAAUAAUCUUUGUAAACUACCUGAAGGGUUUGGGAGAUUGGUCAAUUUAGUAGAACUUGAGUUGACAGAAUGUCGCCAACUAAGUUACUUACCAAAAGGAAUUGUGAGAUUAAGCAAACUGUGUCAUUUGUCAGACUUCAUUAUUGGUGGGGUGGAUAGAGGAGGAUGUAUGAUUGGAGAAUUGAAAGAUCUCAACUUCCUCAAAGGUCCUCUAAAGAUAAUAGGUUUGGGGAGAGUGGAAAAUGGAAAUGAGGCUAAGAUGGCAUGUUUGAAGAAUAAGCAACACCUUCGUGCUUUGUAUUUCUUUUUUAAUCAAUAUACAGGUGUUUCAUGGGUUGAUGAGGAUGUUGAUGAUGUAGAAGGAGAAAAAGAAGAAGAAAAAGAAGAAGAAGAAGAAGUCGUCAAUGGAGAAGGUAAAACAGAAGAAGUAGAACAAGAAGUUGAUGGAGGAGAUAUGUUGUCGAGGAGGAUGGAGGAUGUGCUGGAAUGUCUCCUACCACAUCCAAACAUUGAGAAACUAAUAAUUGAUGAUUACCCUGGUGUUGUGUUCCCCAGUUGGUUAGGUAGUCAUGCAGAUUACAUGAUUUUCGUCAAUUUGGUUUUCUUGGAACUACGUUGGUGCAGGAAGUGUAAACAAUUGCCUCCGACUCUAGGGAAACUACCAUCCCUUGAAACCCUUGUAAUAGGAGGAAUGGAUAAGGUGAAAUUCAUGGAUGUUGGGUUUUUUGCAAUCAAUGGUGCUUCAACAAGUGACCAUGGUGGGGUUGACACAAUAUUCCCCAAGUUGAAAGUGUUUUUUUUGGGUUUGAUGAAGAAUUUGGAGGAGUGGGAUGUGAGAGUACAGGAAGAACAUGUGAAACAAAUCAUCUUUAUGCCGUGUCUCCAGUAUCUUUUUCUUGGUGGAUUGCCCAAGUUAAGGUCAUUUCCACAAAUCCUUACCCAGACUACAUCUCUGAGGAAAUUGUUCAUAUGGGACUGUCCAAAUUUGAAUUGGAUUCCAUCAUCUCCAUCUUCCCAUCUUCCUUUCUACACAUUGAGGAGUUGAUUUUAAAAGAGAAAGCAGGUUCAUUUUCAAAGUCAUUACUACAAAACAACCACAUGUUUCUCCCUAAGCUGAAGUUGCUGCGGGUGAGACAAUCACCUUACUCAUCGUUGCCUGAAGGCUUAGGGCAACUCGCAUCACUUGAGAUUCUGGAUAUCAGAACAUGUUUUAAGAUCAAGUCAAUACCUGAUGGGGAGUUGCAGCAUCUCACCGCACUCCAAGAGUUGACAAUCAUGAGGUGUCCUGCCUUGAGGCAAAGUUGCCAAAAGAAUAUAGGAGAGGAUUGGAGCAAGAUUUCUCACAUCCCACAGAUCUUCAUUGAUGGCUAGAAGAUCAAAUGAGGAGCAGCUUCAGAGAGUGAACAAAAAGCUCAAACUCAAAAUAACCAUCUCCCAUUUGAUGAAAUGGAGAUUGAAUUCCCAAAAAUCCAGGAGUGACGACGACAAAUUCAUGAGCAAUUCCACAGGAAUUUCACUUCCAGAUAUUUCUUCCCAGGGAUUUUAGGUUCAACAUACCAGAGAACUCGAAUGCUCAAUACCUAAUGCUUAGAACAUCAGAGCCGAUGUAGAAGGGAAACGAACUUGGCCUCUUCCUUCGCCACCGUGCUCCAGGCAUGUCUCUAAUAAACGUACCUUUUCUUUUCAGUGCCUACUUGUGUGUUAAGGUCCUCCCAUUUUGAUUCUAAAAAAAUCUACAAACAUAAGAGAGAGUACAUGGUUAGGAUGGUCUGAUAAACUGAAUUUUGUACUUGAUUUCAAUUGUGGUUCUCAUCUAAUGAUUGUUCUAUACUGAUCACUAAUGUUUUUGAACUUCAAGUUUCUAUCAAUUUUUUCUUAUAUGGUUUUCUUUCAUGUUUCAAGGCAUCAAUAUUUUGAAUGCACAUGGUAUAAGUAUAAUAGACAGCUACUUGUUGUGCUGGACAAGGAAUGCACCUUAGAGGAGCUGCCCUUCAGAAGACAGAAAAUGCAAAUUGGAGUCCAAGUCCUUGUCGCUGAUCCCUGGGAACCUGAAAAUUUUAUCAAAGACGAAAACAUGGAGGAGCAUGUUGCUGAUGAUGAUGUGAUCCUGAUAAAAGGGACCAAAACCACAACUGCAGUCAGUGACUUAUUGUAUUUAAUUAUAUUUUUAGUCUUCUGAACCAGGGUAACCAGGAUCCUUUCUUUGCAUGGAAUUCAAAUUGGACAGGCUGGAGCUCAGCUCUAGUCUACAAGCAAUGGAAGUUUUGAAGCCCAUGCUCAGCCAUUUGGGGUAUUUCCAAUUGCUUUAUGCUUCAGUCACAAAAAUAUCUUUAAACUGAAGUCAUAUUCACUGUGAGUGGAUUUAAUUCUAUAGUCUUGUUCUUGUAACCUCUGUUUUUAUGACUAGUCAUGGGGCUAUAUCAUUCUCAUGUUUGUGCCUGCAAACUUGAUUACAUGCUCUUUUACUUAAAAACAUAGACAAUUUGACUAGUUUGAUUCUUCUCGACUUCGUUAAUUACUUUAUAUACUUGUUUUCAGGCCUGCUUGAUCUGCAGAGGUGCAAAUGAAUACUUGCUUGAUGAUACGCUUUAGUAUUUUUAAGAGAACACUUAAAGAGUCUAAAGUGGUAGAGACCCACACUUGUUGAUCUUUCUUUUUCUGUUUUAACCUUUUAAAAUCCUCAUUUUGCUGAUUAUUAUUCAUUUCCUCUUACAUUCUUGGUUUGAAUUUAAUUAUGGAAGUUAUUCAUAAUGCGGGGUUCCUGGAAUAGCAGACUAGAUACAAAUAUAUUUGCAACAUGGCUGGUUAGAUAGGGCUGAAAUUAUGUUCAUAGGUAGGGCCUGAAGGUCCCCUGAGAUCACAUGUCAAAUUUCAGCUCAAACAGAGUUUGCCAAGUGGGAAGUAGCAAAACAAAGUAAUGAGAAUUUUGGAGAGAUCAAUCCAAUGGUGGUUUGCUAGAAGCUGUGCAUGGACAUACACAGGGACACAUACAAGACACGGGAGGCCAUUAAAUUUGACAUCUGGCUAAUCAAGUCAAUUUCCUCUUUGUCCAAUGGUCAGAAUGGCCACAUCUCCAUUGUAUGUGGCACAAAUAUGUGUGCUAGACCAGGUAGUUGCUGGUGUCUGGGCAUUUUAUAGGGUGCUUUGUCUGUGUACUUGGGAGCGUCUUGCUACAACAAUUUGCAGCUGCAGAGUUCUCUGAAUCACUUCUGAUUAUUCCAAAGGUCUUCACUCUUCGGCGAAUGCUGCAAAGGAUGCAACUGAGUUGGUUGCAAACUUUGGGUAUUCUUGUCUUCUCAGUUUAUUUCCUAUUCCAUUGUCUCAACUCUGUUUAGACCAGUUGCUUAAGACAGAGGGUGGAUUUUGUCCUGGGAAGUUGACUCUCGAUGCCUCAAUAUGCAUAGGGUUAGACCUUUACAGGGGAACCAUCCACAAGAACUUAGAAGCAGGGGUUAUCGAGCUGGCAGUGAGCAAAGGAAAAUUUUACUGGUAGAGACAGAAAGACUUGACAACAUGAUCAAGGUUGUCAAAGCUGGACGUGGAAAUGCAUUCGUAACCUGGACUCUCUCGUUCUUCCAGUUUCCUUCAAUUCUGUAAAUUAGUUAUCUGGACUCGUCACUCUUAGGGAGGGAUUCAGAUAGAAACGAUUCAACAACCUUUCCUUUCACCCACACACAACUGGUGAAAUUUGGCCUUUGAUUGAAGAAGAGAAGUCAAUUCCUCAAUUGCUAAAAGGAACGGGACCCUACAUCCCUUGGACUCUACAACAGCAAUGGUGGUAUUGUAAAGCCUUCUUAGACAGCUUGACAUGGACUGUGACACACUGUUUCGGCGAGGCUAAUUUUGUUGCAGACAAGUUGGCAAAGCAUUCCGCUGCAACCUGGUCCACUACUAUCUGGGACACCCCUCCUCCAUUUAUUUUUCAAAAUCUGACAUGGGAUGCUCAACAGAGGCCUAGGUUAAGAUUCUCAUAACUCUGCCAUGGUUUUCUUUUGAUUGGGUUGUUAAAUCUACUGAUGGCCAUGCCAAAGGUGGAAUAACAGCUCAAUGGCGUUUUAAUCUCAAAAUCUUUCAUUCC